UUAACAACUAGCUUAAAAUGGAAAGUCUUACGCUUGGUUUUUGUACAUUCAUUUUAUUUAGUAUCAGUAACACUCAUUCCCAGCUCUAUAAUAGUCAACGUUUACCCCUCUCGUUGGUGCCAUAUCAUUACGAUGUUAGUGUUCUCACUCACUUGGAGGAGGUUGACAAUAUGCGUUUUGAAGGAAUUGUAGAGAUUUCGUUGCGUGUCCUAGAAUCAACUAAUUUGGUGGUGUUUCAUGUGGUUAAUUUGACAGUUCCAAUCGAUCAAAUUAAAUUAAGUGAAUCCGCGAGGAAAAGAGAAAUAAAUAUCAUUAAAACAGAAAUAAAUGAACGUUUUGAGUAUAUGAUAUUACAAGUAGAAAAUCAAUUGGAAGUGGAUAAAUCCUAUUACUUAAGAGUACCAUUUGGUCGUCGUUUUAUACAUGGCCAAAUUAAUUCUUAUUUCGUUGCCAGUCGCAAAAAUCUGGAUACCAACAAACCAAGUUGGUAUGCUGUCACACAUUUUGAGAGAAAUUUCAUAAGAGGUGCCAUGCCGUGCUUUGAUGAGCCAGCUCUGAGGGCCACAUUCAACGUGACUUUGGGUCAUCACAAACGUUACCAGAGUUUUAGUAAUAUGCCCAUGCUCAGAAUGCGUCCAAAUUAUGAUCUGAGAGAUUAUGUUUGGUGUAACUAUGAGAUCACGCCACCAAUGCCAACUUACCUUUUGGCGUAUUCUGUCAACGAAUUCAAGUGCACUAGGAGUAGAACAACUAAGGGAAAACUGGUCACUUUUAGGACAUGUCAAAUGGGUGGUCCACCUAAUUCCACCUUAUAUGUGAGCAAUUUAUCGCCGAAACUGUUAGAAUAUUUCAGCAAUCUCUUUGAUUCUCCAUUUCCACUUGAGAAGAUUGAUCAACUUGUGAUGAGAGAUCAAACUAGCGGCAUGGAAAAUUGGGGUCUUGUGUUGUAUGGUUUUUCAACUUUAACCACACACAAACCCAUUGAAUAUGAUUACUACAAUAGAAUAGCCCACAUUGUGGGACACGAGUUGGCUCACAUGUGGUUUGGAAAUCUUGUCACAGUCGCUUGGUGGAGUGACUUUUGGUUGAAAGAGGGUUUCGCCUCAUACUUUUCCAUAUUGGGAGUAGAUUAUUUACAUCCUGACUGGAAUCAUAAUAAUCGAGAAUUUGGACUAUUGAAACAAAUCGCCUAUUACUUAGACGGUCAGCAUAAUGUGUCGCUUUCGCAUAAAGUGGGCAAGACUUCUCUAGAGCAACUUAUGGAAAAUAAUGAACUUGUUUACUUUAAAUCCAUUUUUAUUAUUCGCAAGAUGCACGCCAUGCUGGGUGAUAAAGCAUUCUAUCAAGGACUUCGCAGUUAUCUAACUCAGUAUGGCUAUGGAAGCACUCACAAAGAUGAACUUUGGAUUCAAUUACAGCGGGCAAAUGAUCAUUGGGGCUCUUUGCCAAAGGGAUUUAAAGUGAAAACCAUUAUGGAUAGCUGGACCUUACAGCACGGUUAUCCCAUUUUAACUGUUUUCCGAAGCAUGGAUGGUAAAUGUGUUACGGUUACACAAAAACAUUUCUUUGUGAAUUCAAACCGAAGUGAAGCAUGGUGGAUUCCAUUGUCCUAUACCACGGAAUUGGAGCAAAACUUUAAUGAUACACGACCAUCAAUUUGGAUCAAGGGGGAACCUUCUAUCAAUAUCCACUUUAAUGAGCUAAAAGACAAAUGGAUCAUCUUCGAUAUACAAUCAUAUGGAUACUUUAGAAUCAAUUAUGAUAACCAAAAUUGGCACUUGUUGGCCAAGGCUCUGAGACAGAAUCAUCACAUCUUCCACGAACUGAAUAGAGUGCAACUGGUCAGCGAUGCUUUAUUUCUCCAUCAUCAAAAUCUACUUGAUCAGGAUGUAUUACAUCACUUACUUAGCUAUCUGGUUCAGGAACGUUCCUAUGCAGUUUGGAGGCCGUAUAUUGCAGAGUUGGAAACACAUCGUAAGGAACUGGAAUUUCAUCAUUGGUUAAUCAAAAAAGUCUACAAUAUUUACAAUGGCUUCCAUGAGGGCCUGAAUAAACUCACUAACUGGAAUGAGAUUAAUAUUGUUAAGUUUAUCAUGCAAUAUUUGUGUGCCAUGAACAUUGAAGACUGUGUGGUAAAAGCAUUUAUUUACUUAAAGAAUCAAUAUUCUCUUGGAUUAACAUUGGGCAAUCAUCUCAAGCCAGCCAUAUUUUGCGCUACUAAAUGUCAUGGAGAGAAUAUUGAUGACAGUAUUAAAAAUUGGCUAAAAACAGAUCCAGAUUAUGAGAGAUUUUGUCCUUGCAAAAUACUAAACUAAAGAAAAUUUUCCAUCAACAUUAUGUAUUAAAAAGUCUUUCAAUUAAACUCCAGAAUCGUAGUCACAAA